CCAUGGUAUGUAAUUCCAAAUAGAUAAAUUGGGGUGAAGGAGAAAGUAGUUCCGGGGAUGCGGUGUUUCGAUAGAGCCAAGAUAUAUGUUAGAUCCAGAGAUGGAUGGAACGGUGUGGUGGCGUUUAGGAGAGAAAAGUUUGUUCCUUUUGGAGGACCUUCAAGUGGAAAUGGAGGAAGAGGUGGGAAUGUGUAUGUAGAGAUUGAUGGGUCUAUGAAUUCGUUAUUGCCGUUUUGUGAGACUGUGUAUUUCAGGACGAGACGUGUGGAACAUGGGAGAGGGAAGAUGCAUAGUGGAGCUAAAGGUGAUAAUGUUUUCAUGAAAGUGGCUCCUGGGACGGUGGUGAGGCAGGCUAGAGAGGUUGGGAGUGAGGUGGAGGGUGAGGAAGGGGAGGAGAAGGAGGUGCUUUUGGAGUUGCUGCAUCCGGGACAUAGGGCAUUGUUGUUGCCUGGAGGGAGGGGUGGACGAGGGAAUGCUUCGUUUAAGUUUAAGUCGGGGAUGAAUAAAGUUCCUCGGAUUGCUGAAAAUGGUGAAGAAGGUCCUGAAAUGUAAAGUGUGUAUUUUGCUUCAUUUUGAGUUGGUUUUAGUUUAGUGAGUUGGUUACAAGCUUUGGUUUGGAAACAACGUGUAAAGUUUGAGACUUAAAGUUACUGGAAGUAUUAGAGUUUCUGAAAUGGAUUCUGUUUCAGGACCAUCAUGGACUUUAAAUUUUUGGCAUAUAUAAUAUACUUUACAUGGGCCA